UAAUCAUGGACGGUCCUCGACCUUUGCACUAAGCUUCCCUAAACCCCCUCACCUUUCAAAAGCUUCACUAAACCCCCUGACCUUUAUGGCGGCGCCAUUCACGGCCCUUCUGAAAAAAAAAAACACAAAAUCGCGGCGCCGCCAACGAUUUAAUCGUUUGCAUGCGUUUUCCUCGCCACCUGUCGACCCACGUGACUUGUCCACUGUCAGUUGCAACAGUCCCUCCCUCUGACAUGUCGGUUGACUUUUCAAAUUUUAAAAUCAAAAAAAAAAUUAACCGCUCGGUAAAUUUUCUCUCUCUUUCAUCUUCUUUCUGACAUACUCUUUCUUCUUCAUUAUAUUUGUUUUUGAAAUCAGUCUUUUUCUAUUUCCCAUCUCCUCUGACCUAGACGUUUGUCAUCGUCGUUUGGUUGCUCUUCAUUUUCUCUCGUUCUGUAGUUCGCCUGCGUUGCAUUUCGAGGAAGAACAAAUCCGGGCUAAGAAGAUAAUGGGAAAAGAAAAGAUCUUCUUCGGCAGUGAUGAGACGAAAGGGAAGAAACGGCCAGCCCGUACUGUGGAAGUGGAUUCUCAGAUCCUGGAAAUUGUUCUGCACUAUGAUGGAGAAUUUGGAGAAGGUGGUUAUUUGUGGGGCGACGUGUGUGCAAGAUGUUUUGACAUUUCCCAACUGUCACUGAAUAGGCUUGAUUUGUGGGCCAAAAAAAUUGGAGUGAAGGGGCUGGUUAUGUAUUAUUGGAGGCAGCCAGAGUUGGACUAUCAUCGAGGGAUAAAACCUCUUGAACAUGAUAGAGAUGUUGAGGAGAUGGCAAGGGCUGCACUAAAAGAAGGUGUGGUUGAUGUCUACGUUCGAUAUUUAACCUCUGAUGAUGUGCAUAAUUUGGUGCCUGAGAGUGGACCCAAGUUAGAAUUGAAAGAAAUUGAAGAAGAUGGUCCAUUUGAGCCAGUUGAAGAUGGUCCAGUGGAGGCAGUUGAAGAUGCCGCGGGAGUUGAAGAAGGUCCAGGUGAUGAAUUAUUGUUGCUAGAGUGGUACGGCACUGAAGAUGAGGGCCAAGUAGAAGCCUUGGAAGUGGAGAUUGCUGCUGCUGAAGGCCCAUCUGAUGUGGCUGAAGGUCCAGAAGAAGGGUGCAGCAAAAAACAGAAGAACAAAUAAAA